AGAGUGGCCGGUGAGUGUGACACUAAAGAUGUAGGGUAUAACCCGUGUCGUUGUUACUACGACAGAGUGCGUCAUCUUGUCAAUAGAAGAUCUUUGUUACAGUACACUGACACUCCACCUGAAACUGGAAGUGGUUUGAUAGGUUUAUCCAACUUUUAAGCCUCUUUCUUAACAUCUGUUUGUGGCAUAAAAUGACUUUAAAAUCCUUGACAAGAUAACACAAUGGACUUACUGUUUGUGUCAUAGUUUUUCGCCGCUCUGGUGACCGAGAACACCGACACACCCUGUUUGUACAAUGUUAGCAAACGUUACCGCCUAGCAUAACCGAUCAAAUUGUCAGCCCUGUGAAUACUAAUGGAGAGUGGUGAAGACUUGUCUGAGGACUGUCAGACCGUCUCCUCUGAUGUUUCGAGAAGACCAAACACAGAACUGAAGAAACGUCUGUUUUUUAAAGUUUACAAGAGGAGGUGGUUUGUUCUGCUGGUGCUGUGUUUGAUGAACUGCUCCAACGCAACGUUAUGGCUGACAUUUGCACCAGUGGCACACCAGUCUGCCCAGUACCUGGGGGUCACUCUGGACGAAAUCAACUGGUUGUCUCUAGUCUACAUGGUGGUGGCCAUACCACUCAGUUUCGGGACCACAUGGAUGCUGGACACCCUUGGCCUGCGGAUCACGUUGAUCCUGGGCUCCUGGUUGAACAUGCUCGGAGCAUUGCUGCGCUUCUUUGGCUCCCCAACAGGCGAGAGUUUUAAAAUCCGGUACCCAGUAGUGAUGCUGGGUCAGACCCUUGGUGCCCUGGCUCAGCCCUUCUUCAUUUUCACCCCCACCAAAAUGGCAGCACUCUGGUUUCCUGACCAUCAGCGGGCCACAGCUAACAUGAUCACCUCUAUGUCCAACCCCCUGGGCAUCCUCCUCGCUAACAUCAUCUCCCCCUGGUUGGCUAAAACAUCUGCACAAAUUCCAACCCUGCUGCUUGCCUAUGCAGCCCCAGCAUGCAUCAUUUGUCUCCUAGCAACUGUGGGGAUACGGAGCAGCACGCCCCCCACGCCACCAUCAGCCAGUGCCGAGUCCUCCGGCUCCGAGCCAUUUAUACAGGGGUUCAAACUGUUACUGAAAAACAAAGCCUACCUCAUCCUGCUGCUGUGCUUCGGCUCGGGCAUCGCUGUUUUCACCUGCAUCACCACACUGCUGGAGCAGAUUUUCUGUGUGCAAGGGUACACCAAUGAAUUUGCUGGCUUGUGCGGCGCUCUAUUCAUGGUGUUCGGCAUCGUGGGUGCCGCUGUUCUGGGUCUCUACGUUGACAAGACCAAGAAGUUCAUCGAAGCCACAAAGAUCAACAUGAGCUUCGCUGCUCUGGCAUGCAUCGCCUUUUCAGUGGUGUCUUUGAUGCGGCAGCAGGAGGUCGCCGUGGCCGCCGUCUGCUCUCUCUUUGGCUUCUUUGCUUUCUCCAUUUUCCCGGUGGCCAUGGAGCUUUCUGUGGAGUGCUCGUAUCCGGUCGGAGAAGCCACGUCAGCCGGACUCAUCUUCGUGUCAGGGCAGGUUCAGUCCGUCGUCUACAUCCUCUUGCUCCAGUCUCUGACUGUUCAGCUCGCAGACUCUCCUCUGUCGACAUGCGAGACGGCCACCCUGAGCUGGAGAGUGCCAACGCUGCUGCUGGCAGGACUGUGCACUUUGUUCACCUGCUGCUUCGUCAUCUUCUUCCACACACGAUACAGACGACUGGAGGCUGAAGAACAAGCGACUUACGGGAGCAAACACAUCGACAGCUCAACAUGCAGCGAGCAGACUCCAAUUGUGAACACGUGAACCUGCUCACCGACUCUUCUGGUACAAGCCAGAGGAGAAAAGUAGCUGGUUUUGGUUUUGUUUGUGUUUGUUUGUGGGGCCAAACUUGUUUUGUAUAGUGAGUUUCAAUAACACAUUGUACCUUAAAACUGUUGCUACUGACAAAGAAUCCAGAGGUGGCAAGUAACUACGUACACAUAAUCAAGUAAUGUAACUAAGUACAAUGUUCAGGUACGUGUACCCGUGUACGGGUACUGGGGUAUUUCUGUUUUUUGUUACUUUUACUCUACUACAGUUUAGUGGGAAAUAUUGUCUUUUUUACUCACAUUUGACAGUCUUAGUUAGUUUGCAGAUUCAUUUUUUUAACAGAAUAUAAUCAAACAGUAAAUGAUGAUCUAUUCUGGAUGGAUUAACAGCCUGUUAGAAGAUAGAGCAGUUAAAACCAGCUCCACCUUUAGCAGCUGUGCUGUUUUGGUGCUUCACCAAGUCACUAUGUAGUCACAUAGAUCUUGGACCCUGAUUUUAAAUUUUUUUAAAAUUAAGUAUUAGAAAAUCUCCUUUGUGAUAGCUGUCACCUUUAAACGUUUGUUGAACAAAUGUGAACUAGACUUCACGUUCAUGUGAACAGUGACUAAUUCAAUAGUGUUUAAAAUAACGUUUUCUUUGUGGAGUACUUGCACUUUUUUUUACUUUAGGUACAUUUUAGAGGAUGUAUUUCAACUUGAAAGAAUUUGAAGUGGUACUUCUACUUGUUUAGGAAAGUACGUGCACUUUUACUUGAGAUUUGAGCUUGUGUACUCCUGCCACCUCUGGGUAUGUCCACUGUUUAUCUGCAGAAAUUAACUCAGCAGAUUUUUAUCAGUCCAUUAUUAAAUAGAAAAUAGGUUUCUAUAAAACACUGAAUGACUGAUACACCAUCAGAGACAAAGUACAUAGUACUGAGAAAUGUGUAAAUUAUUGUCUUCGGCCACUCUGGCAGGUGAUGUGUGUCGGAGAAAUUCCAGCCAGCUGAGAACAUCGUUCUCUGAACAGAGGCAGAAACCUGCCAGUCUCAUAUUGAUCAUGUGUAUUUAAAUGAUUGCUUUAUUUUUACCUGCUCUUAAGACAACUGAACUUAUGUAUGAUUAAGGUAACAAAAGAAGACCAACCAAAAGCAGGAAAGGCCAAAGUGUUGAUGCAGCAGAGAAAUGACCCAGCUGUCCUGAUCCUAACUUCUACACAGGAUGCUUCAGACUCUCCUGGUUCUCCCAGGUUUAAUUCUGGGAUGUGGCAAAGUCACAGAUGGGAAAUUAGAUUUACAUUCAUGUAAGAGACCAAGACAUUGUUCUCUCAAUCAGUUUACAGUUAUUCCAUCUAGAAGCUCAAAGUGUCAGAUCUGAUUAACUGUGCUUUACAUUGGCACAAAACCACAAGAUCAGACAGAGAAGUGUAAGUCAGAUGUUUG